GGCCGUUGCACGGAUUUGUUUCCCCACUUUUUUUCUGCGUCAAAGCACUCGCCAUGUUUACAUUUCGUUCUUCUUUCAGAUCUUCAUAUCACACCUCUCUUCACUUCCCUUUCAGCACUUUACAGACAUGACUUUCGCUACCCCCACCAACCUGGUUCCCGCUCAGGAGGCCUCUGGUCUUUCUGCUGCCUCCGAGGUCCCUGAGGUCGCCUCUUUCAAUGUCAAGGCUGGUCUCGCUCAAAUGCUCAAGGGUGGGGUGAUCAUGGAUGUCAUCAACGUUGAGCAGGCCCUCAUUGCUGAGGCUGCUGGUGCUUGCGCCGUCAUGGCCCUGGAGCGUGUCCCUGCCGAUAUUCGCAAGAACGGCGGUGUCGCUCGCAUGUCUGACCCCAAAAUGAUCCGUGAAAUCAUUAACGCCGUCUCGAUCCCUGUCAUGGCUAAGGUCCGCAUUGGACAUUUUGUUGAGGCUCAGAUCAUCGAGUCUCUCGGAGUUGAUUACAUUGACGAGUCCGAAGUCCUCACUCCCGCUGAUGAGUCCAACCACAUCAACAAGCACGAGUACAAGGUCCCUUUCGUUUGCGGCUGCAAGAACCUCGGCGAGGCUCUUCGCCGCAUCAACGAGGGUGCUGCCAUGAUCCGUACCAAGGGCGAAGCUGGUACCGGAAAUGUUGUCGAGGCUGUUCGUCAUUGCCGUACAGUCAAGGCCGAGAUCCGCAGGGCACAGUUGAUGGAUGAUGCUGAGCUCUUCACCUAUGCCAAGGAGAUCCAAGCCCCUUAUCAUCUUCUCAAGGAGACUGCCAAGUUGGGACGCUUGCCCGUUGUCAACUUCGCUGCCGGUGGUGUUGCCACUCCUGCCGAUGCUGCCUUGAUGAUGCAGCUCGGAUGUGAUGGUGUCUUUGUUGGAUCGGGUAUCUUCAAGUCCGGUGACCCAGCCAAGCGUGCCCGUGCUAUUGUCCAGGCUGUGACCCACUACAAGGACCCUAAGGUCCUUGCUGAGGUCUCUGAGGAUCUCGGUGAGGCCAUGGUCGGCAUCAACAUUUCUGACAUCCCCGUGGAUCAGCUCUAUGCCAAACGCGGCUGGUAAAAAAACCUCCAGCUGGUCUGUUGACCCCCUUCUGCCAUUCCAUUCCUCAUUUCUCCUAUUCUCUUUGUCAACAUUACAGCCAUAUGUACAGUCGUUCUAGAUAUCCAUAAAAUUUGCAUGCUGUCAAUACCAUGUAAAGCCACUGAUACAAAUGGAGU